AUGCUCUCUUCUAUUCACAAUUUUACUGACUUCCAUCCUUCCACAUUUAUUCUACUUGGAAUCCCUGGGAUGCAAGAACAACAUGUUUGGGUUGCCAUCCCCUUCUGUUUCAUGUAUAUCUUUGCUCUCAUUGGUAAUGGUACCAUCCUUUACGUUAUCAUGACAGAUAGAACUCUGCAUGAGCCAAUGUACCUCUUCUUGUGCCUGCUUUCUGUUACUGACCUGGUACUUUGUUCAACUACGUUGCCCAAAAUGUUAACAAUCUUCUGGCUUAAGUCCCACCUUAUUUCCUAUCAUGGCUGUCUCACCCAGAUGUUUUUUGUUCAUGCUGUAUUUGCUACAGAAUCAGCUAUUCUGCUGGCCAUGGCUUUUGACCGUUAUGUGGCCAUCUGUCGUCCGCUUCAUUAUACAUCCAUUCUCAAUGCCACAGUCAUUGGAAAAAUUGGUCUAGCAUGCGUGGUUCGUGGUCUUAUCUUUGUUUUCCCCUUUAUUAUCCUCAUUGAGCGUUUACCUUUCUGUGGACAUCGUAUCAUUCCUCACACGUACUGUGAACAUAUGGGCAUUGCCAAGUUGGCCUGUGCCAGCAUCAAACCCAAUACCAUUUAUGGUCUCACUGUGGCACUUUCAGUCACUGGCAUGGACGUGAUCCUCAUCGCUACCUCUUAUGGUCUAAUCCUACAGACAGUGCUUCGCUUGCCCUCGACGGAUGCCCAGUUACGAGCAUUUAGCACUUGUGGUGCUCAUAUUUGUGUGAUUCUUGUGUUUUAUGUACCUGCUUUCUUUUCCUUUUUCACCCAUCGUUUUGGUCACAAAGUACCCCCUCAUAUCCACAUUAUUCUUGCAAAUCUCUAUCUCCUUGUACCCCCACUUCUCAACCCCAUGGUUUAUGGCAUUAACACCAAACAGAUUCGUAUUAGAAUAAUUGGUUUUUUUGUAAAGAAGAGGUAG